AUGGACAAAAUCAAUGGAUUGUCUGAUGACUUGCUAAUUAAGACAUUGUCGUUUGUUCCGACAAAAGUUGUUGUAUCCACCAGCAUUUUGUCCAAGCGAUGGGAUUUUCUGUGGAUGUGGGUGCCUAAGCUUGAGUACGAUGAUUACAAUGACAAUGCUGUUGCCAACCAUUCGGUGUCUUCAUGCGUGAGGUAUCGGGAUUUUAUAAACAAGAAUCUGCCAUUACAUAAAGCUUCGAUUAUAGAUAGCUUGCGCUUCACAUUGUAUUUUAAUUUUGACCUGAGGACAUCAAACUAUGGAUUGGAAUUUGCGGUUUCUCGCUGCCUGCGUGAGCUAAGUAUCAGCUCUUAUAUUCUCAGUGUCGAACCUGAUGUAAUAUUGCCGAGUAGUUUAUAUACUUGCAAAUCGCUUGUGACUUUGAAACUUGAAGGUGAUAAUAUUCUUGUGGAUGCUCCUGGAACGGUUUGUCUCCCUUCCUUGAAAACCUUGCAAGUUCGAAGAGUGACAUACAUGAAUGAAGAUUCUCUUCGGUUGCUUCUAUCUUCUUGCCAUCUUCUGGAAGAUCUGUUUAUUGAACGACAUAAGGAUGACAAUGUGAAAGCGUUAGCUGUUACUGUCCCGUCCUUGCAGAGAUUAUUCUUAGAGAUAGACGGUCUAUGUUCUUCUGAUCAUAGGUAUGUGAUAGCAACGCCUUCUUUGAAGUAUUUCAAAGUUGAGGAUUGGAGAGACGGUGUCUCCUAUUUGAUUAAGGAUAUGCCAAAACUGGAAGAGGCUGAUGUUUUUAACGACUUUCUCGGAUCAAAUAAAUACGUAAAACGUCUUUCAUUGAAAUUAAUUUACAACAAUGAAGAAGAGACUAUGUACCGUGAUGGUAUUGUCUUCGCUCGGCUUGAACAUCUGAAGCUGACUAUACGCAAGGAAAAUUGGUCCGAGUUACUUGUUCGGUUGCUCAAUGAUUCUCCUAAGCUGCGAAUCCUCGAUCUUUCCGUCUUUAAUUACAAUUCUAAGGGGUAUGAACGGAUUAACUGGAGCAAAGAACUGAGUUCGGUUCCUACAUGUUUGUUGAAGAGUCUUGAAACUGUCGAGUUUAAAGGGUACAAAGGAAGAGCAGCGGAGAGAGAUUUCUUACGUUUUAUCUCUAAAAAUGCUCGUUGCCUGAAGUCUAAAUCAAGCUUGCCCUCAUCACACAAAUGUUAA